CGCGUGAAAUGCACUAACCACAGUAUCUUCAUGCUGGCUGCGGUGGUGGCAUCCCGCCCACCUUUCAAUUCACCUGAACCUCCACUGGCAACACCCUUGUUUUUCCAGUUUGGAACUUGCUAAAGUAAAAAAGGGUCACCUGACCUGAAGUCCUAAUAGAAGCAUUUGAUGUGGGCGUACCCUACCGAGUAGAUAAUCAUCUGAGAAAGCAAGCUUGAGACCUCCAGGAAGCUGACUUCGAAACGUUUGGAUCUCUACUUGGAUUUAUCAUUUGUAUGGAAAAUAACCAAAAGAACUCAUAAAGCAUCAACUAACUCUAUGGCAGGUUUCAGUAAAAAGACGCAAGAUUUUAAAUUGCUUUUUAAAAGAUGACUUCUCACCCACCCUGCCCCACAUUUCCCAGGGAAAUAAAAGCAGAAGUCCUAAGAAGCCAGACGGAAAUACAGUGUCUGCAUAGCUUUGAGUCCACACAGCAUUUGAAGGUAGCAAAGAAGACACGGCAAGCCAUGGACAACCUCACCUCUGUGGCUGGGAAUGGCAGCCUGUGUACCAGAGACGACAAAAUCAGCCAGGUCCUCUUCCCGCUCCUCUAUACUGUCCUGUUUUUUGUUGGACUCAUCACAAACAGCCUGGCAAUGAGGAUUUUCUUUCAAAUCCGCAGUAAAUCCAACUUUAUUAUUUUUCUUAAGAACACAGUGAUUUCGGAUCUUCUCAUGAUUCUUACUUUUCCAUUCAAAAUCCUUAGUGAUGCCAAACUGGGGACAGGACCUCUGAGAACCUUUGUGUGCCAAGUGACCUCUGUCAUAUUUUAUUUUACAAUGUAUAUCAGUAUCUCAUUCCUAGGACUGAUAACUAUUGAUCGCUAUCAGAAGACCACCAGGCCAUUUAAAACAUCCAAUACCAACAACCUCUUGGGGGCUAAGAUUCUCUCUGUGGUCAUCUGGGCGUUCAUGUUCUUACUCUCUCUGCCUAACAUGAUUCUGACCAACAGGAGGCCAAGAGACAACAAUGUGAAGAAAUGCUCUUUCCUCAAAUCGGAGUUUGGUCUGGUCUGGCAUGAAAUAGUCAAUUAUAUCUGUCAAGUCAUUUUCUGGAUUAAUUUUUUAAUUGUCAUUGUAUGUUAUACACUCAUUACGAAUGAACUGUACAGGUCUUAUCUAAGAACAAGGGGUGCAGGCAAAGUCCCCAAGAAAAAGGUGAACAUCAAAGUUUUCAUUAUCAUUGCGGUAUUUUUUAUUUGUUUCGUUCCUUUCCAUUUUGCCCGAAUUCCCUACACCUUAAGCCAAACCCGCGACGUCUUCGACUGCUCUGCUGAGAACACUCUGUUCUACGUGAAAGAAAGCACUCUCUGGCUCACUUCCUUAAACGCAUGCCUGGAUCCAUUCAUUUACUUUUUCCUUUGCAAGUCGUUCAAAAAUUCCUUGAUGAGUAUGCUCAAGUGCCCCAAUUCUGCAGCAUCGCCUUCCCAAGGAAGUAGGAAAAAAAGACAGGAUGGUAGUGACCCAAGCGAAGAGACUCCAAUGUAAACAAACUGAGGUAAUUUCAAUCUACUAAUGUUUGCAACUCCUAAAAGAAAAGCACUAUGUAAAAACAUUAACACUGACCAGGAAGUAGUGGACUUAGUAACAACAUAUCAAGCAACAGAAGACUACAAAAGUAAUUUUCAUUUACCUCUCCAGUAUUAAAAGCUAUCUUAAAAUGUAGAAAAAUAACCUCACAUGUAGCUACUCAGCAAAACAAACUGCAAAACAAUCCAAUUCAAGAUUGUAGAGUUUGGGCAAAAUUAAUAACCAUAUAAAAUUAUCUACUGUAAUACUAUAAAUAUAUUAUUGAUCACAAUGUUAUUAACUUAUUAUAAUCAAUUAAGGAAGAAUGAUAAAUAUGGUAAAAUUUUCUGACCAAAACUCUAAUUAAGAUGUAUACACAUCCUCGUCCCCUAAUCAGUUGCUGACCUAUUGUGAUACUCAUAAAAUUUAAGUAAAUGGGACAUGCCAAGAAUACUAACUACUAACUUUUAAUUAUUAGCAAAUAUCUAAGGUAAUUUACACUAAUUGAAAUGGUAAUUGAUUAGACUGAAUUUUUUUUAUUUUCAUUAAGAUGGGUUUUAAAAAUGCCUUUCCAAUUUUAAAAAGAGUAGAAAUAGCAAAUGAAGUUAUUAAAAUAGCUAUUUUAUGACAUUCUAAUACCAAUAAGUUUGACUAUUUCCUUAAUACAAGAGAAGCCAGUUUCACUAAUAUUUUGACAAUGUUAGUAAAUAUAAUACCUCCAUUAACACUUACCUUAAUUAACUAGCAUCCAGAAACUCUGCUACUUGGGUUAAUGAGCAUUUCCCUUAGAGAGAAAAACUAUUUAAAUAUGACUAUGAAGCUUUACAGAAUAACUAUUAACAGGAAAGUGAUUUACAUGUUUGGAAACCCCUUGAGGGCUAAGAUUCUCUCUGUGGUCAUCUGGGUGUUCAUGUCAUCUGGGCGUACCUAUUUGUCAUUUGUGUAUAAACAAAAAAUUUACAUUAAACUCUAAAUCACA